AUGUCGGAUCUCGACUCAGCUGCGGGAACGCCAACGUUAGGUCCGCCGCCAAAACGCCGUCGGGUGCACGAUGACAGUCUGGAUUCGACGCCGCGUUACGGAACGCCCGAUGGGGCGCGACACAGCUCCCCACCGCCCGCGGGACGCCUUCCGGACCAGAGCCUCUCCAUCCGGCGCGGCCGGCCGAGAAGCCGUUCCCGCAGCAGAAGUAGGGAUUCAGGUUCACCAUCGCGGUCCCGAAGCGCCUCGUACUCCCGCUCCCUCUCCCACAGCCGUACCCCGACUCGAAGCAGAAGCAGCAGCAGGAGCAGCAGCAGGAGCAGGAGCCUGAGCAGCAGCUUGUCCUCCUCCUCCUCCUCCCGUCGCCGCCAUCACCCAGGAACAACCACCGCCCAAACCCACCAUCACCAUCACCACUCCCGCCGUAAUCGCAGCGACCGCGCGCCUAUCCUCCCCAGCUACCAUCCGCACCUAGGCCUGCAGGGCCACGCGGCCGCCGUCUCGCAGGUGCGCAUUUCCCCGGACGGGCGGUGGAUCGCGUCGGCGUCGGCCGACGGCACGGCCAAGAUCUGGGACGCGCGCACGGGCGCCCACCUCGACACGCUGGUCGGCCACAUGGCGGGCCUGUCGUGCGUGGCCUGGGCGCCCGACAGCGACACGCUGGCCACGGGGUCCGACGACAAGUCGAUCCGGCUCUGGGACCGCGUCACGGGCAGCCCCGCGCAUGCCGUCAUGGGCGGCCCUGUCGGCGGGAGCGGCGGACGAAACGGGACUGCGGGCGGAGCCAGGGGAGGCAGGACCGGACGGGGCCCGUUGCUGGGACAUCAUAAUUAUGUCUACUGUCUUGCCUUUUCGCCAAAGGGGAAUAUCCUCGCCAGUGGAAGCUAUGAUGAGGCCGUGUUUCUCUGGGACGUGAGGGCGGGUCGGCUGAUGAGAAGUCUGCCCGCGCACAGCGAUCCCGUAAGUGGGAUUGACUUUUGCAGGGACGGGACGCUGGUGGUGAGUUGCUCUACAGAUGGCCUGAUCCGCAUCUGGGACACCUCGACUGGUCAGUGCCUGCGCACCCUGGUGCACGAGGACAACCCGGCCGUCACCAACGUAUGCUUCAGCCCGAACGGCCGCUUUGUGCUGGCUUUCAGCCUCGACAACUCUAUUAGGCUAUGGGAUUAUGUCUCGGGAUUGGUUAAGAAGACAUAUCAGGGACACACGAACAAGGCGUUCUCCGUGGGUGGGUGUUUUGGUGUCCUUACAGACAUCGACGACGGAACCGCCGAGAAGGAGGCAGAUGGCACUGUUAUGAGGCGCCAGGCCUUUAUAGCGUCGGCUAGCGAGGACGGUGAUAUUGUCAUGUGGGACGUUGGCAGUAAAGCGGUGGUCCAGCGGAUUGCGGGUGCCCACACAGGCGUGUGCUUUUGGGUUGACGUUCACGGUGCGACAAUGGUGAGUGCCGGGCAGGAUGGCAUUAUCAAGGUGUUUCGGCACCGACCGAAGGGCGUCGCUAAGGGGAAUGGUAUUCCGAACGGGGUGAAUGGGGUCAACGGCCAGGAGAACGCUGCCGCACCAGACAAUGCGGCGGCGGAUGCGGAACUGCAGCGCCAAGUUGAGGCUGACGCGGAGUCACCAGGGCAGCAUGUCAAGGAGGAACAGUUAUGAUGAUUGGAUGGGAUAAACCAUCUUCGUAGCUGCGGGAGACGGACUGAGAAGCUGUCAUGGGAUGGGCCCGCAAGGGACUGUCGUGCAUUGACGGGUGGUCGUUUAUGCAAUACGCUGGACAUGGCCAGCUUUCUCCCAUAUACCCUUUCACCGAAGUUCAGCAUAGCGCUGCAUCAUCUCUCCAGGCUCUUCGUAGAAUCGAAUGGGAUCAAACGGCUGGCGUCGCGACAGGGAGUCUAGAGAGCCGACAUCAUGACUGCACACUGCGCUCGGUUCGACGAU